CACACCGCGCCACCUCGACCCUCCCCAUUCCAGAGUCUCCUCCUCCCCCCAUUGCCGCCGCGGGCGCACGACGAGGCGGCGGCGAGAUGUGGGUCUUCUACCUGAUAGCGCUGCCCCUGACGGUAGGGUUGGUGGCGGCGACGCUGCGCUACUUCGCCGGGCCCGCCGUGCCGCUGUACGUCCUCGCCACCGUCGGCUACGCCUGGCUCUGCUCCCUCUCCUUCGUCAUCCUCGUCCCCACCGACAUCUACACGACAAUUACCGGCAAUCAGAAAAGUGACGUUGGAUUCUUUUGGAGCUGGUCUUAUUGGAGCACGUUUACCCUUGGGUGGGCUAUCAUUCCUACUAUUAAAGGCUAUGAGGAUGCUGGAGAUUUCACAGUUAAAGAAAGGCUGAAAACCAGUAUCCGAGCGAACAUGCUCUUUUAUGAAAUUGUGGGAGUUAUUGGCUUUUUAGGCAUUAUUAUGCUUAUAAUCAUACAUCAUGAUUGGCGUGGCGCUAUCUUGGGCUUUGCUAUGGCAUGCUCAAAUACCUUCGGACUAGUGACAGGUGCCUUUCUUCUUGGAUUUGGCUUGAGCGAAAUUCCAAGGAAUGUAUGGAAAAAUGCUGAUUGGACUCGCCGCCAAAAGAAUCUAUCUCGCACAGUUGCAAUGAUGGCUGUAAAACUUGAAUAUGCUCACCAAGAAUAUUGCAAUGCAAUCGCUGUUGUUCAAGCCACAUCGAAGCAAAUGUCCAAGCGUGACCCAGUAAGGCCUUAUAUGGAUAUUAUUGAUAAUAUGCUGGCUCAAAUGCUGAGAGAUGACCCAUUGUUCAAUCUUUGUGGCGGCAAAUUAGAAGAAAAUGAUAUGGAUUAUGAUACUGACGGAAAAACAAUGGCUGCACUUCGACGUCGACUUAGGAGAGCACAUGAGGAGUACUGUAGAUGUAAAAGCAAAUAUGCGAAUUAUGUCAUGGAAGCCCUUGAAUUGGAAGACACUAUUAGAAACUAUGAGCAACGUGAUGCAGAUGGAUGGAAAUAUGUAUCAGGUUUCAGGGAAAAUCGACCAGGCACAUUGGGGUCCUUCCUUGACUUCACAGAGUUCAUUUGGCGUUGUAUACUGAGAAGGCAACUUCUGAGAGUUCUUGCUGUUAUCCUGGGCUGCAUCUCAGCUGCCAUACUAUUGGCUGAGGCCACUUUGCUUCCAACUGGUGUUCAUUUGUCACUUUUCUCCAUUCUCAUAAAUACUGCAGGAAAGAAAGAAGUUCUAGUGCAGGUUGUUGCAUUUGCUCCAUUGAUGUAUAUGUGCGUUUGCACAUAUUAUCCGCUCUUCAGGUUAGGGAUGAUGGUGGUCUAUUCACUGACCCCGGGACAUACUAGCUCAGUCAGCUUGCUUAUGAUCUGCUCAAUGGUUGCAAGAUAUGCACCUCCUAUUUCGUACAACUUCCUGAAUCUCAUUCACCUUGGUGGCGAUGCUAAAACUACUUUCGAGAAGAGGAUGGGGAGCAUUGAUGAUGCUGUUCCUUUCUUUGGGAGAAACUUCAACAGAAUCUAUCCACUCAUUAUGGUUGUUUAUACUCUGCUGGUCGCCGGUAAUUUCUUUGGGUAUCUUUUUGAGUUCUUUGGAAGCUGGAAAAGGUUCAAGUUCUGGACUGAGGAAGAAGAAGAUAUGGAUGGGUUUGAUCCAUCUGGAGUGAUUAUUCUGCAGAGAGAAAGAUCUUGGAUUGAACAAGCACAUAAAGUCGGUGAGCCGGUUACCCCAUUGGCAAGAAACUUCAGAUCUGUAAGCAAAGACGUUGAAUCUGGAAACGUUCUACAGGGUGCAGAAAAGGUGGCAAUGAAAGAAACAGUACAUACUUCCAAAAUGGGAGGAGGGGCCCAGUCGAAAUCUGGUGUCAACGUUGACCAUAAAUAUUCUUCUAUUAGAGAACAAGCCAGCAGUCAUCUGUCAGUUAAGCAAGUGCAGAAUGAAACUCAUUCGACCUCUAUUUUGCUUGAAGCGGGGAACUCUGAAAAGCCAUCUCCUCUUAGUGUAGCACCAGAUUCAUCAGCUGGAACCGCAUCAACAUGGACCUCGAUGAAGACGGGAUUUCAGAGUUUCAAAUCCAACAUGAGUUCCAAGAGGUUUCUUCCUUUGAGCCUAUCGCGCACAAAAUCAUCUCCUACAGGAUCACUUGAUGAGAUCUUUCAGAGACUAAAACGGCACCAAAGCAAUGCACGUGUGGCUUGCCUUGACGAUGACGACGGCACUCAUGAGAUGAACCAAACAAUUGGAGGAUCAACAUGAUAGUCUGACGUGUGACGUAUCCAAAGUUAGAAAAUAGGAUAUGAACAUGCACGUGUGGCUUACCUUGACGAUGACGACGGCACAGAUGAACCAAACAAUUGGAGGAUCAACCAAAAAAAGAAAAUAGAAGCUCAGGUUGUAGAGAACUGGGGAUCAGUUACGUGAAGAAGGGGAAAUACUUUCGACACAGAGUGUAUAGUUCCUCAGAAAUGGUACAGAAGGCAUACAAAGACUAAGGUACAGUAUAGGAUCUCAAUAGAAAACGAAGGCCCACAAUGUAUAUAGGUCACAGAUAAACAGUCUGUGUAUCAAAGAUUAGAACUUAGAAGUUCGCCUCGAAGGGCGAAACAAGAGCUAACAGCUUCAAGGCGCAAGAAAUCCUAGGACUACUGUUCUCAAUGGCACAGUGUUGUACACCCAAUUUUCCGCAUGAUAGUCUCAGUAGAGGCUCGGAAUGGUUAGCUUGAAGGCUCAUCCUUAGUUUAGAAAAAAAAAGGCUCAUCCUUGGUGUUUAGGGAAACAACCUAGCUCCAGACAGUGAUGUAUGUUGUCCACCUAUGCAGCAUUAUGAGCUAAUAUGCCCAUUUGCCUGCCUGUUUCUCAAUGAAAUCAACUAUUGCCUCAGUGCCUGCCUGCCCA